AUGUCACUGCAAGCUUACAUCAACCGCACUCUUCUCUCGUGCGAUCAAACGACCAAUCUGAUAUUGCAGCAUACCAUCGAGCGUGUCAUUAGACCUCAAGACGAUCUAGAAGAUAGUGAAGAGGUUGAUCAUGGGCUUUAUAUCAUUCGAGGGGAGAAUGUUGCGGUCUGUGGGUUAGUAAACGAAGAGCUAGAUGUCUCAAUCGACUGGAAGAAAGUCAGGGGAAACGUGAUUGGCGGUGUCAAGCAUCAGUAA